AUGGUGUGGAGGCCCCUGAACCUGUCAGAAGUGUGCCCCACUCACACACAUCUCUCUGCCUGCUCCCACUUCGCGUACGUCUACUUGAACCUGCUCGUGCAGCUGUACGGAGACUCUCGCGACCGCAGACUGAGCGAGAAGAUAGAGAGAGAAGAUGAUACUGUGGUGCAGAAGAUAAUGAGUUAUGAGCACGGAAGAGAAGAAUAUGACUUUAUUGUGGUAGGCGCAGGGGCAGCCGGUUGUGUGGUCGCUAAUAGGCUAUCCCAGAAUAAGAAGUGGAAGGUUCUAUUACUAGAGGCCGGUCCUGAGCAGCCGGACGUGUCACUGGUGCCGGGUUUGUCGACGGUGCUGCUUGGCUCCAACGUGGACUGGGCGUACACUACUGAACCAGAUGGGAAAAGUUGCCUGGCCUCGCGCGGCGGGCGGUGUGCCUGGCCGAGAGGUAAGAUGAUGGGCGGCUCGAGCGCGAUCAAUUCCCUGGCGUACAUCCGCGGCAGUCGCCUCGAUUACGACACAUGGGCGGACCUUGGCAACGUAGGCUGGAGCUAUAAAGAUGUGCUCCCUUACUUCAAGAAAUCCGAAAGAAAUUUAAACUUCGAAGGAUUGGACCGUAAAUACCACGGUGUCACAGGCGAGCAAUACAUAUCACGCUACCCUUACUUCGAUAAGCCAUCCAUCAUGAUUACCGACGCCUUCCACGAGAGAGGAUUGCCUCUGACGGAUUACAAUGGAGCUCAUCAGAUAGGAGCCAUGCAGGCGCAAUCUAUUGCUCUAGACGGCGAACGAAUAUCAACCAACACUGCAUUCAUUCGCCCAAUAAGGUUUAAAAGGAAGAAUUUAACAGUAAAACCUAAUUCAGAAGCCGUGAAAAUACUAAUAGACGAACAUAAAAGAGCCUACGGUGUUAAAUAUAUCAAAAAUAAUUUAAUAUAUACAGCGUUUGCAAAGAAAGAGGUUAUUGUAAGCGGUGGUCCUAUCAAUGCUCCGAAACUUUUAAUGUUAUCAGGAAUAGGACCAAGAGAUCAAUUGGAAAAAGCUGGCAUUAAAGUUAUAAAAGAUUUAGCUGUUGGUGAAAAUUUACAUGAUCAUGUCACAUUUAACGGUAUUAUAAUAGUUGUACCUAAUAAUACAGCGACUUUACGUACAAAUGACGAAGUUUUACAGGAAGUAGUUGAUUACCAUAAUAUGGAUAUAAAAAGAGGUCCUUUAUCAGGAAAUGGCGCAGUCAGUUCUGUAUCGUUUAUUAAAACUGAGCCAGAUUUACCCGCACCUGAUAUACAGUAUCAAGUGGAUAGUAUUAAAUGGAGGGAAUAUGUAAAAGAACCCAUAGAUUAUGAUAGAACGAGGAUAUAUCCUACUGGUUUCUAUGAUGGUUUGAUACCGAGAACUAUGAACUUAGUUCCAUAUAGUAGAGGAAAACUUUGUCUAAAUACAAGUGAUCCAAACGGUCAUCCACUUUUGUAUGCUAAUUACUAUGAUGAUGAACGAGAUUUGAUACCAUUAAUUAAAGGUGUAAGAUUCCUUUUGUCGUUAGAAGGUACAGAGGCAUUUAAGAAGAUGGGAGCUCACUUCUUAAGGGUGAAACUUCCUGCUUGUAGAGAUUACGAAUGGGGUACAGAUGAAUAUAUUGUUUGUUUAGCAAGACAUUACACGUCGACUCCUUAUCAUCCUGUAGGAUCUUGUAAAAUGGGUCCCAAAUGGGAUGAGAAAGCUGUAGUGGAUCCAAGGCUUAGAGUGUAUGGGAUUACAGGUCUACGUGUAAUAGAUUCAUCCAUAAUGCCCAUUGUACCUCGUGGUAAUACAAACGCACCUUCUAUUAUGGUGGGGGAAAGAGGUGUGGCUCUGGUGAUUGAGGAUUGGACUCAAAAUAAUCAUUAA